CCCGGCUCGGCCGCGCAGGUGGGGUCCCUCGGCGGCGCCAGUUUCCUCAGGGCAAGGGGGAAGGAGUUGCGCGGGGGCGGCCUCGCCGUGCGCGCUGUCCGUCCGUCCGUCCGUCCCCGGCUUUGUUCCCGGAGGAUGCGGCGCGCCUAACCCCGGCCGAGGCGGUGGGGCCGCAGCGGGGGCAGGGGCAGCCCUCCGCCGGAAAACUCCGCGCCGCCCUCCUUCCUCCUCCUCCUCUUCCUCCUCCGAGCCCCGGCGCGGAGCGAUGCGCUCCGGGGCGGCGGGCGGCGAUGGAGCGGGGCGGUAGCGCGGAGCCGCGGUGCAGAGCGGCCCCUGGGGCAGCCGCCCGCGGCCCCUGAGCGCCGGGAGGAGGAGGAGGAGGAGGAAGGCCGGGUGAGUGAGCAGACCGCGGCCAUGGAGGAGUGGCGGCAGUGCGGCCGCUGGCUCAUCGACUGCAAAGUUUUGCCCCCGAACCACCGGGUGGUCUGGCCCUCGGCGGUGGUCUUCGACCUGGCGCAGGCGCUGCGGGACGGGGUGCUGCUCUGCCAGCUGCUCCACAACCUCUCCCCCGGCUCCAUCGACCUCAAGGACAUCAACUUCAGGCCCCAGAUGUCCCAGUUUCUCUGUCUGAAGAACAUCCGAACCUUCCUGAAGGUGUGUCACGACAAAUUUGGGUUAAGGAACAGCGAUUUGUUUGAUCCCUUCGACCUCUUCGAUGUGCGGGAUUUCGGAAAGGUGAUCUCUGCAGUAUCCAGGCUCUCCUUCCACAGUAUUGCUCAAACCAAAGGAAUUAGGCCCUUCCCAUCGGAGGAGACCACGGAAAACGAUGAUGACGUGUAUCGGAGCCUGGAGGAGCUGGCAGACGAGCACGAUCUGGGGGAGGACAUUUAUGACUGCGUCCCCUGCGAAGAUGAAGGCGAUGAUAUCUACGAAGAUAUCAUCAGAGUGGAAGUUCAGCAGCCCAUGAUUAGAUAUAUGCAGAAAAUGGGAAUGACAGAAGAUGACAAAAGAAAUUGCUGCUUGCUAGAAAUCCAAGAAACUGAGGCCAAAUACUACAAAACACUUGAAGAUAUAGAAAAGAACUAUAUGAACCCCCUGAGGCUGGUACUGACUCCCCAAGACAUGGAAGCUAUUUUUAUCAAUUUGGAGGACCUAAUUAAAGUGCACUUCAGUUUCCUGAGAGCCAUCGAUGUCUCUAUGAUGUCUGGAGGAAGCAGCCUGGCAAAAGUGUUUCUGGAAUUCAAAGAGAGGCUGCUGAUUUAUGGCAAGUACUGCAGCCACAUGGAGUAUGCCCAGAACACCCUCAACCACCUCCUCGCCAACCGGGAGGACGUCCGGCAGAAGGUGGAGGAAUGCACACUAAAGGUCCAGGAUGGGAAAUUUAAAUUGCAAGAUCUGCUGGUGGUUCCAAUGCAGAGAGUUUUGAAAUACCAUCUCCUGUUGAAAGAGCUGCUCAGCCAUUCCUCAGACCGACCAGAGAAGCAACAGCUGAAGGAGGCUCUGGAGGCGAUGCAGGACUUGGCCAUGUACAUCAAUGAAGUAAAGAGGGACAAGGAGACUUUAAAGAAAAUAAGUGAAUUUCAGAGCUCUAUAGAAAACCUGCAAGUGAAGCUGGAGGAGUUUGGGAGGCCGAAGAUCGACGGGGAGCUGAAGGUGCGCUCCAUAGUCAACCACACCAAGCAGGACAGGUAUUUAUUUUUAUUUGAUAAAGUGGUGAUCGUCUGCAAAAGGAAAGGCUACAAUUAUGAGCUGAAAGAAAUUAUUGAGCUGCUCUUCCACAAGAUGACUGAUGACCCCAUGAAUAACAAGGACAUUAAGAAGUCUCACGGAAAAAUGUGGUCAUACGGCUUCUACCUAAUCCACCUUCAGGGGAAGCAGGGCUUCCAGUUCUUCUGCAAGACAGAAGAAAUGAAGAGGAAGUGGAUGGAGCAGUUUGAAAUGGCAAUGUCCAACAUAAAGCCAGAGAAAGCCAAUGCAAAUCACCAUAACUUUCAGAUGUACACAUUUGAAAAGACGACCAACUGCAAAGCCUGCAGGAUGUUCCUGAGAGGAACCUUCUACCAGGGCUAUCUUUGCCCCAAAUGUGGAGCAGGUGCUCAUAAGGAGUGCUUGGAGAUCAUUCCUCCCUGCAAGAUGGGUUCUUCAGCAGACCAGGAUUCACUGGGUGCUGGACCUGGUCCUAAAAUGGUGGCAGUUCAGAAUUACCAUGGAAACCCAGCCCCUCCUGGGAAGCCGGUGCUGACCUUUCAAAUUGGGGAUGUGAUCGAGCUGCUGAGGGGGGACCCAGACUCUCCAUGGUGGGAGGGGCGGCUGCUGCAGACGAAGAAGUCGGGUUAUUUUCCCAGCUCGUCAGUAAAGCCCUGCCCUGUGGAUGCCAGGCCUCCCAACAGCCGGCCGCCCUCGCGGGAGAUCGACUACACGGCGUACCCGUGGUUUGCAGGGAACAUGGAGCGGCAGCAGACGGACAACCUGCUCAAGUCCCACGUCAGCGGCACCUACUUGAUCCGGGAGCGGCCGGCCGAGGCCGAGCGCUUUGCCAUCAGUAUUAAGUUCAACGAGGAGGUGAAGCACAUCAAGGUGGUGGAGAAGGACAACUGGAUUCACAUCACAGAAGCCAAGAAGUUCGAAAGCUUGCUGGAGCUGGUUGAGUACUACCAGAGCCACUCGCUGAAGGAGAGCUUCAAGCAGCUGGACACGACGCUGAAAUACCCCUACAAAUCUCGGGAGCGCUCUACCUCCAGGACCUUCACCCGCUCCCCAGCCUCCUGCGCUUCCUACAACUUUUCUUUUCUCAGUCCUCAGGGCCUCAACUUUUCUUCUCAGAGCUCCUCCAGUCCCUUCUGGUCAGUGUUCACCCCACGGGUCAUAGGGACGGCAGUGGCUCGAUACAACUUCGCGGCGCGGGACAUGCGGGAGCUCUCGCUGCGGGAGGGCGACGUGGUGAAGAUCUACAGCAGGAUUGGCGGGGACCAGGGAUGGUGGAAGGGGGAAACCAACGGAAGAGUCGGCUGGUUUCCCUCGACGUACGUGGAAGAGGAGGGGGUGCAGUGACUGCGGGGAUGUUUGGUGGAAGUCGUCGAGCGCCCAGAGCCGCUGCAGCCCGAGCACGCCUGUCCCGACAGGACACCUCCCAGGAGCCUCCCAGGACUGCUCUCGCAGCCUCCUCAGCAAUCCUUCCUCUGUACAGUGUGUGUGCACAUGUCGGGGCCGCCCCGGCCCCGCUCCUGUUCCAUGUAUAGAAGAUUGAUGGUCCAUCGGAUAACGUUGGUGUAGCAGCCGCGGAAGAGUCCCGGGAGAGCUGCGCUCCCCCUGCAUGGACAGAGCUGAGAGACUCUGGGGGGUCUGCACCUCUCUUUUAAAGGUGUUUUAAAAACCACCCUGGUGAUGGUGGUGGGAGGGUGAGGCUGAAGGUUUGUGCCUGGGUGUGCCAGGGUUAGAAUUUGGGGGUUUCUAAGGGGAGGGAGCGAUCCAGCCCCGAGGAGACAGUGCAGACCCCCUGCCCACACCACUCGGGUGGGCUCCCCAGGUCAGGAUUUUGGCAGUGUCCCUGGCAGGGGGCAGGGUGAGGAGCAGAGCAGAGACACACAGAGGAGAGGGCUGUUGCUUGGCUCUGAAGGGAUGUCAGCUGUGAAACCAUUUUGACCAUCAGACAUGGGCUGGAAGUGGAUCUUCGAAUCAGACAGGAGGGGAAGGAGCCGCUUUGGCAUCCCCAAGCCUGUUUUCUUUACAACCACCUCAGUCCCAGCAGCCUUGCUGCAGGUGGAGGGGGCUGCCCAGGGAGCAGACUGGUCCCACUGGUGAGAGCAGGAGGUCUCAGCGUGUUGCAGGACUGGAGAUGUGCUUUGCCACACAAGGGCUUUGGAGGCCACCAAGACACCAGAUACAUGCAGAGGAGCGUGUGUCCCUGGGUCUGUCCUCCUCUCCCUCUCAGCAGGACCCCCCCAAGCCAGGCUGAUUUUUCUUGCAGCCAUGACCAUGUCCCACCUCGCUGAGCUCAGGGCCAACCCACCUGAGUAAGGGCUACGGUAUCAACUCCUGAUUCCUCUCCCUGAGUUGUGAAAGCAUCUCUUCUUCCCAGCUGUGUGCACUUUUGGGGGCUGUGAGCAUUGCCCCCUCUCUUCCUCCCACAGGCUGUUACUGCUGCUGCUGUCAAGUAAAGGUCCGCCUGUUUUGACAUUCCCGCUGUGUCCUGAGCACCAUCUGUCUGAGCCUGUUCUUCCCAAAGUCUGGAGCUGCCAGCUGGAAAUCCCAGCCCUUGUCUUCUGCUGGGGACUGGCUUCACUCUCCAGCUCCAGAAUUCCCUUCUGAAGGACAAAUACAUGUGUGGGAGUGUGACAGGGAACAACUUUCCUGUAUCUGAGCCCCAGGAGCUGCCCUUCAGCUUCCCUCAAUACGUAGCAUUUUGAGCUGGUGCUUCCAUGCCCUGACUUUGUUCCCCUGGGACUCGUGGUGGUCCUGCCGUGUUCUCAGUGUGGGGUCUUGGCAUUGUGCUGGUGCAGGUCUGGGAGAUGCCAACAUUGGGUGGGUGAGCAGUGCUGAUGCCCUUGGUCCCUGGCACAGGGGUACCCUGUGAAGCAUCCAGAUGUAGCAGCAGUGCCAUGCUCAGGAUAAGAAAUAGAAGUUUGGGACUCUUAAGGGCAAGGGAAUGAUGUUAACUUGGGAAUUACAAGCUUUUGCUCAGUGACAAGCCCAGAGCCACCCUAUUUUGCUUCCCAUUCCUCCAGGAGCUCUGUGAGUGCCCCCAUUCAGGGUGCCACAGGGGGAGUGGGGUGGGUUCAGCAGAGUGUGGCUGGGGCAGAUGCCCACCAUGGGUCUUGCUUGGUGAGGUGAUGGGAAUAUGAGGGGGCUCAAGGCUUUCCCAAGGUACUGUUUGGUGCUAACCCCUCCCAGCCCCUUGGUUCUCAGCUUAGAAGAGAGCUGGCAAUGCCCUGCUCCUGUGCAGAGCAGAGGGCCCUGUUCCCAUUCCGGGAGCCGUGUUGGUGCAUUUGGGUGGAUGGGACACACACACACAUGUGACAAACGAUGGCUCAUAUUAUGCCUCAGAUCCCAAAGCCUUACAGACCUUCCCUUUAACGUGGCCAAUUUUGUAAGGUGGCGAGGUCAUCCCCUCUGGGAGAGCACGUACCUGUCACAGGGACCAGGACACCCCUGUUCCUCAUGCCCCAAAGGGAUCCCCAACCUCUGCCUGUGCUGCCCUCCCAGCCCUGCCAAACCCCCUCCCCUCCAGGGAACCCUCCCUCUUGUGUUUACUGGUGUAAGAAACUUGUUAAAAAAGAUUGUUUUGUUUGUAAGUAAUUAUUCAGCCAUUUGCCACAAAUAUAUCUGUGAAUAAGAAAGGGAAAUGUUUUUUUAUGAUGGCAAGAAAAUUGUAUAUAUAUUUUAGUUCAUUGCAGACCAUUCGAAAUUGCAAUGGGAUACGUUGGAAAAUAAUAUGUAAAUUCCUUGGGUUUUUCCUUUGCACUGCACUAACUGGGGUAGGGUGGAGGGGGUUUAAAGAUAAAACUGUUUAUGAAAUAGUUUAUAGCUGGGAAUUUGGAAAUCAUUUGGAAUAGCUUGUAAUGCUGGAAUAGAAACUUUAGCUGCUACUUAGAAAUCCUUUUGCAUGUGGUUUUUCCAGACCUUUUUAAGUUACAAUACAUCAAAGUAAAUUCCACAGCGAAAAAAAUAAAGUGUAAUUUUGCUGAUA